ACUCAGGGCGGGGCCCAAACCCUAGGGUAGGGCAGAUCCACCCAUUCACACCCCAAUGAGCAAGGGAUCCUGUGGUCAGGGCACACAACGGCCCCGCCCGCACUGCUCACCAGGAUCCCGGAAGUAGUGAGAAGCAGGAGGUAACGGUGACGCUUUUCGCAGGGACCACGAUCUUACUUGGAUCCUCAAUUUACUCAGUAAUAACAGGGACUGCUGACAAUCGAGGAUGUGGCCAUCGAUUUCUCUCCAGAGGAGUGGGAAUGUUUGGACCUUGGUCAACGGGAAUUGUACAGAGAUGUGAUGAUAGAGAUCUAUAAGCACCUGGUCUCCUUGGCUCUGUCUUCUCAUGACACCCAGAGUUUGAUGCCACAAAACCCAGGCAUGGAACUUUUCUUGCAAACAAUGCUGCUGGGAAAAUAUAAAAGCUAUCCUGUCGGCACUUUUGAUGUAAUUAUAGGCAGGGCAGGUAAGGGGGCAUGUGAAGGGCAGGAAGGUUGUUAUGACGCACAUACUCCUACUGGGACCCUUAUCCAUGAGGAAAAUGUUGCUGGUAAAAGAGAUCAAGGAUAUAAAUCAAAUUGUGAAAAACUCCACUUUAAGUCAGUAUCAUUGGCAGAAAAUUAUACUUUUGUAAGCAGAGACCCAUAUUAUUUAUUGAAACAUGGGUCUUCUCUGAAAGGAAAUUUGGAAAAUCAGGAUAAUCAUAUAGACUGUACUGCAAAUGAUGGUGCAAAACAUGAAUAUAUGCUUGGAUUAAACAUUCAUUCAAACAUUUAUGAACACCAGAGGCUUAAAAAUGGAGGGAAAACCCCCCAGUAUGAUCACUUCAGGAGAUCUAAUAGCAAGGGUUCAUUAAUCUUCAACCAACAAGUAUUUCCUGAUUGUUCCAACAUCCCUAAUGUUGAUACUAAUUGGGGAGUCUUGAUCCAACCAUCAUUAUUCAGUAGGUAUGAUAAUACAGUUAAUAUAGACCAACAUACCAUGUGUACUAAAAGGAGUAAAGCCUUAAGCAAGAGCUGUGUAUUCAGUCAUUAUAAGAGUAUACAUACUGGAACAAGAAGUGAUUCCUGCAUUGAAUCUCAGACAAACUUUGACCCAGACUCAAAUCUCAUGAAAUGUCAGGGAACUCAAUUUUCAGAAAACCAUUCGAUACGAAAUAAACAUAGGAAUGUCAUUUCUCAAAGCUCAGAUCUCAUUGCAUAUCAUAGAAUUUGUAUUGGAGAGAAAGCUUGCCAUUUUAGUGAGUGUGGCAAAGUUUUAAGCCAGGCUUCAAGACUUAUUCAACAUCAGCAUCAUCAUACUAGGAAGGGGCAAUGCAAGUGUGAAAAGUGUGAAAAAGUCUCUAAUCAGUCAUUAAAUCUACAAAAAGAUAGGAAAAAACAUACUGGAGGGAAAGCUGACAAAUGUGAAGAUGCUAAAUGGUAUUCAGCCUUUGCUAGACACCAUCUGAUACAUACUGCAGAGAAGCCAUACAAAUGUAUAAAGUGUGGGAAAGUCUUUAGAUGGUGUUCACAUCUAUGCGGGAAUCAGAGAAUUCAUAUUGGAGAAGAGCCUUACAAAUGUACAGAAUGUGGCAAAGCAUUUAACUGGCAUUGUCAUCUUACUUGUCAUCUGAGAUCUCAUACUCAAGAGAAGCCUUAUAAAUGUACAGAAUGUGGCAAAGCCUUUAAUCGGCCUUCAGCCUUUACUCAGCAUCAGAGAAUUCAUACUGGAGAGAAACCUUACAAAUGUACAAAAUGUGGUAAAGCCUUUAAUCAGCAUUGUCAUCUUACUUGGCAUCUGAGAUCUCAUACUGGAGAGAAGCCUUACAAAUGUACAGAAUGUGGCAAAGCCUUUAAUUACCCUUCAAAUCUUAUUCAUCACCGGAGAUCUCAUACUGGAGAGAAGCCUUACAAAUGUAUGCAAUGCGGCAAAGCCUUUAGUUACCAUUGUCAUCUUACUAAGCAUCUGAAAUCUCAUACUGGAGAGAAGCCCUACAAAUGUACAGAAUGUGGCAAAGCCUUUAAGUGGCCUGGAGGUCUUACUCAGCAUCAGAGAAUUCAUACUGGAGAGAAGCCUUACAAAUGUACAGAAUGUGGCAAAGCCUUUAAUCGGCAUUCUCAUCUUACUCAGCAUCUGAGAUCUCAUAGUGGAGAGAAGCCUUACAAAUGUACACAGUGUGGCAAAGAUUUUAGUCAGCAUUCAUCUCUUACUCGCCAUCAGAGAUCUCAUACUGGAGAGAAGUUCUAAAAAUGUACACACAAUUUGGCAAAGCCUUUAGCCAGUAGUCAGGUUUUAAUCAGCAUUGAUGAUCUCAUACUGGAGAGAAGCCAUUAAAAAAUGUACAGAAUGUGACAAAAUCCAUACUGGAUAAAAACCAUACAAAUGUAAUCAGUGUGGCCAAGCCUUUACCUAUCACUCACAUCUCACUCAAUAUCAGAGAGUUCAUACUACAAGGAAGCUUUACAAUUACACUAAAUGUGACAAAUCCUAUAAACAUCAGUACUUUCUAGACAUCAGAAAAUACAUACUGGAGAAAAACUUCGCAGAUGUAGAGAAUGUGGCAAAGCCCUUCAUCAGAGUUAUCGUAUUUCUUAACAUCAGAGAAUGUGUAAUGUAGAGAAAUCUUGCAGUGUAAUAUGUUAUAAAGGAUAUUUAUAGUAAAUACAUAAUUUAGACAACACCAGAGGAAAGAUACAGGAAAGAAACAUUAAUGAUAUAAAACGUCUAGGGGAAUGUUUAGUCAAAAUCAAAUCUACUCACAUAUAGGGAAUACAUAGUAGAACAAAUUCACUCAAUAACUCUUUUCUGAGAUUGCUCUAACUCAGAACUUAAGAAAAUAAUCCAUACCUUGAAACACCAAAAAUAUCAGUAUGGACAAGAGGAUUAGGGGAGGAAAGUUUGGGGUGGUAUUAUUCUUAUGAGUAUAUCUCUAUGGACAUUAUUUGGGCUUAUUAGACAACAAAAAAAUGCUUGUAAUUCAAGUCCAAAAUUACUAAAUGCUAUGUGAUUUUUUCCUAGUAUGUAUGUGAACUUGUUUUUCACUGUUGUGGCUUCAAAGACAAGAGGAGCCCAUCCACCUUAGGUGGAAAAUAUUUCUAUCUGAUAUUCCAUGGAAGUUUAAGAACCCUGUCAUAUAAAUGUGCAAGAAAACCUAAAUGGAGAUGGUAUGUAUGAUUGACUUAAAACUUUCCUGUGGAUCACCAUUUUUAAGUGUUUUGGAAAUCAUUCUUUAUAAUUAUGUAAGACAGAAUGUCACUCUAAAAUAUUUGUUGCAACUGCUUUUCAUGAUAAAAAGGCAGUUGAAAACCUGAUGUAUUGUCAUAAAAGCAGUAAGACUCAUGCAUCUCUGUUGAAGUUUUGAAAUAAAGACAUCACCGUUCGAGAAAAGUGUAGUUAACUCUCUGCUUAAUAGUUAUAAAACUAAUGUACAUUUGUGUUUACUAAAGACUUAGCCUCUAUUUUGUAAACCAUAGAAAUCAAAAUCCUCAGAGCAAUGUAUUUGAAAAACAGAUAUGCUUCUGAAUCUGAUAACCUGUAUUUUCUUUUCUUUUUCUUUUUUUUUGUCUUUUUA